UUCGGCCGAACCGACAUCGACGACGACGACAUUAUAUUGCCGUUGCGGCAGUGUUGCGUGAUUCGCCCUUCAACUCUCAGCACCUUGUUACGAUUCUAUGCUGAACCGCAAUCACUCACUAAAACCCUUCACGCGUCGUUAUCCAAAGAUCCGGUCGCGCCGAUUUUGGCUUACAAGCACUACGUUGCCAUAGAAAGACGAUUAGGCAAAUUGAUGUCCUUCUUAUUGGAGUGCUUCAAGCAGAAACCCUUCGAGAAAAUAGUGCUCACCGAAUAUCAUAAUAAAAAAGUGGCAGAGGGAAACGUCGAAGAAGAAGAGAAAAGCGAAGAAGACACCGGUGAUAGGAAGGAAGAGAAGCGAACGCAAUAG